AAUUUACGAGUUUCCGGUUUUCAAAAGACGUUCGUAAUUUUAAUCGUAAUUCCAUCUGUGCGAAGCGUUGUCACAAACUUAAGGACCAACCUUAAUUGACCGGUAAAUAUUCUUUAAAUUUUGGAUGAUAAAUGAGUGCACGCCUUGGUGACUAGUAAAACAACAGUCACUACAUCCAUCGGUUAGUAACUCCGCGAACGGGGAAGCCUAUCAAAGCUUGUCGUCGAAAAGAAAUGGCUUUAUUUUUAAUAACAUUACUAUUUUGACCGACCGAGUAACGAAAAAUCAACCGCGAUCAUUAUCGUAAUGGGCCCCAUCGUACGAACGUAACGUUUUUUCGCGUAAAGAAUAGUAUGAAUCUAACGAAUUUAUAGUCGUGUAUUGAUUACGGUACAGGUUAUGUUUCCAACUUUCAUUAGCAUCCUAGAUAUUCAGUCAUGGUGGGAAGUUCCCAGUAUUGCACACUUCUGUUCAUUGUUUCGAACUGCUUUUAACCUAUUGGAUUUCGAUAUUGAGGAUUUGGAAGAAGCAUUGCUUACAGACGGUACAGAAGAAACCUCUUGGUUACAAGAAUUAAUUGUCAGGUUACUAAGCGGUUGCUUGCCAAAUAAUGAGAUAUCAACGUUCAAUUAUCAGAUGUUCUUAAGGCGAUUGUUCCGUCAGAAAUGCCAGGAACAUGACCAGUACAACCCGUUCAAUACAGACAUAGAUUUUCAGUUGCUGCCGCUUCGUACUAAGGUUGAUAUUUUACAUGCUUUAUGUGAUUUUCGUUUAGACGCAGACGACGUACUCGAGGCUUUAAAGAACUUAGAAGCUGGCAGCCUUCGUGUCGAACCGCUAGGCUACGACGCUAACCGAUCCGCUUAUUGGUAUUUUUAUGGUACGAGAUUGUAUCGAGAAGAUUUUAAGAAGAAUAAAAAUAGCAAAAAAGAUAAAUCGAUUUGGCAAGUUGUUUGUUUUACCGAAGACGAUUGGAUUCAGUUAACUAAAAAAAUCAAAAGUUCACAGUCUAAAGCAGAAAGAUUAUUGUACGGUACGCUUACAGAAAAUUUUUUACCCGAACUACCGAGAUUAUUCCGCGAAAAAGAACGCCAGGCGAGAAAACGUCUAUUAGAAAACCUUCCAAGAAGAACAUCUAGUCGAAUAAGAAAACAGGAAGACGAACCUGCCCCACUAAAAGAAGAAGAAGAGGAAGAAGAAGAAGAAAACGAACCUAUUUCUAAAGCCGAAGAGCUAGAAAAGCAGAAAUUGGAAGAAGAGAUUAAGAGAAAAAUUAGUGCUAGGAAAAGGAAGGAGGCUUAUGAACGCAGAAGUAAACUCAAAGAGCAGAGUGAAGAUACACAAACUGACAAUUCAGAAGAAGAUACGAAGUCACGUGAUGAAAUGGCUGGCGCAAACGCUAGAAAUAAGAAAGCGAAAGGGGGACGAUCUAGGCAACAAUCUGAAAGUUCUACCAGCAGCAGAGAUCGAGGUUCAAUAUUUUCGAGUAGCAGCAAUCGAAGUUCAUCAAGAACUGGUGGUAACCAGCCCUCGGAUAUGUCUAUUUCGACCGGCGCUAACAAACCGGUAUCGACUGUGGGCCGACAAACAAACAACUCAUUAGCGUGCGCAACCGGUCAGAUUGUAAUCCAACCCGUAUCCAACCCACAUAGAAAAAAAUUAAAAACGUCUCAGGUUUUUCGUCAGUCAGACGAAGAUUUGCAAACGGGUAUGCAUAAGAUUUUGGAUUUUGUCAAGAAUCAUGAUGAUGCCUGGCCGUUUGUCGAUCCUGUCGAUGAGGAAUACGCUCCAAACUAUUAUUCCGUUAUUCGAAAACCUAUGGACUUGCAGCGGAUGGAGGAACGAUUAGAUUCUGGCAUCUAUAAAUCAUUUUCGAAGUUCAGAGACGACUUCCUACUAAUUGUACACAAUUGUCAUUUGUAUAAUGGUGCUAAUAACGAAUAUACCGAAAUGGUAGAUAAUCUCCAACAAGUGUUUGAAAGAGCAACCGAACGAUAUCUGGAUGAGGUAACGAGUGAUGAAGAAAUAGCAGUGGAAUAUCCAGAUAUGAAUAAAGAUAGUAAAGGGCAUAAAAAAAAGAAGAUAAGUUCCAUGUCGCCGUCCAAAAUAAAAUCUACGACGACCUUAAAGCCACCAAAAAAGAGAAGUAGAUCGCAUUCAAAUAAUUCUUCAGAAGAGAUUGAGAAAGAUGACGUCUUUGAGAAAACUGAGCGUAAGAAGGAAAAGUUGCAAGAACAUGAACAUAUUAAAAAGCAAAGUAAAAAGGAAAAGAAAGAUAAAAUUAAACGUAAAUCAAGCGAUGACGAAGAAAGGGUUGUUAAAUCAAAAGAGAAGUCAUUGAUAAAAAAUUCCAAUAAACUUGAAAAGAAACAAAAAGAUACAGAAAAAUCUUUGAAAGACGCAAAACAUAAAGAGGGACAUAUAAAAUCGAUUGAAAAACAAAAUAAAAUUAAAUCUGAUAAACACAGAAGUAAAGACUUAAAAGAUACUAGAGAUUUAAAAUUGGCGAGGCAAAUCGAAAAGAAACCUAAAUUAGAAGAUAAAAAAUCAAAAAAUCCGUUAAAACAUGAUGACAAGAAGAAAAAGAACCAAAAGUAUAAAAAUAAGAUAACUUCAAAAUUCAUGUCUCCCAGUCCGGAACGAUUAAAAAGCCGUAGCCCUUCUCUAAGUCCAGAUAGAUGGAGCAGUUCAUCUCCGCCCCCUUCAUGGCCACCAUCUUCACCAGAUGAUUACACAUUCUCCCCAAAAAGAAAGGAUAAAUCAAAAGCAUCAAGUGAUAAUGAAAAUAGUAACAAAUUGAAAGCAAAACAUGACAAGUGGAAAGAAGUCUAUAAAGAUAAGAAAGAGGAUUUACCGAAAUUUAGUGAUCGAUCACAAUCUCCUCCAAAACACAUUGAUAAACACAAUAAGUUGCGAGAAACUAUUGAAAAAUUAAAAGCCAAAAGUGAAUUAGCCAAAAUGAAAGAAAGGGAGAAACGCGAAUUGGAACUUAAAGAAAAAGAAUUUUCAUUGGAUGUUGCUGAAAAUAAAAUAAAAUCAAAGUCGUCCGAUAAUAAAUCGAAGAAAAAGCACGAAGUAGAGGUUGAUGAUGGAGCAAGUACCGCGGAAAGUAUACAAUCCGAGAAGAAAGUUGAUAAAAAUAAUGCCAAAAAUGCCGCUGCGAUUGAAGCUUUAACUUUAGCCACAGAGCAAACGCUUAAAGAUAUAAAUAAGUGGCUUGAUGACACACCAAAGUUUGAAUUUAGUUCUGCCAGUAAUUCGCCAUCACAUUUCUCCAGUUUGGAUGAUUUCGAUAUGAAAGUGGAUGACAUUAAAAAGAAACCAGAAAAAGUGUUAACGAAAAAAGAUUCGUCAAAAGAAAUAAAAAAGAAACCGUUUCGAGAUCCAUCGAAAUUGUUUCGUAGAAGGGAGGUACAAAGAACCAUUGACAGGUUACAACCUGGCAAAAGCAAAGGUAAUCUUAUUUCGAAUAUUCAAAGUACUAAUAAGCCAGAUGAAAUAUUUCCAUUGGGACCAUUAUCCAAGACGUUGAAGGAUACCAAAAAUUCGUUGAUUGUUAAAACCGACGAUAGUGCACCAAAAUUAAGUUUGGGAUCAGUAUUAGAUAGUUUUGGAAAACACCAAUUUGUUGAUGAUGCUAAGAAAGAUGAUGCACCGGAAUUGAAAGCGGAAGAUGUUAAAGAGAACACUGAGUCUAAAGAGAAUGAAGUGAAACCAGUUACAGAAAAGGUUGAAAAAGAAAAAGUUGGGAACAGUCCUGGUAAAGCUACUCCAAAUUUAAGUGCCUGGUUUAAAGCGUUUGGUGCACCAAAAGUGCAACCUGCGCAAAAGAAGACUGAUAAUAAAGCGGAUGGGAAAGAAAAUGAUAAUAAAUCGGAUGAUAAAGAAAAUAAAAAUGAAGAGAAGAAAGCUGUUCCAUUGGGUGAUCCAUCUCCUACACCUGAUAGUCCUUUAAUGACUUAUGGUCAACCUACUACUAGACAGCGUAGAAUAAGUACUGGAAGUAGUAUGUCAGAAAGAUCUUCCUUUUCUCAAGAUAUGGAUUCACCAAGAGUGGGUAUUGACGAACGCUUAGGAGCUUAUCCCGCCCCAUAUCCUUCUCCAUUACAUAAAUCACCAUCUGGGGCAUCGCCAAUUAUGGUUUCACCAAGACCAGAUAUGUCUCCAAAAACGUAUCCGGCAUUUAAUGGCCAAAUGAGGGUUGGUUUUUAUCAAGAUACAGUUUCAACUAAAAGUAGUCCUGAUAAAUCUUGCAGUCCACGUGAUAAUCCUCAAUCUCCAUAUCCGCAAUAUUCAGAACACAUUUACACACCUCCAACGCAGAAUUCUUCUUAUUCAUAUGGAAAUCCUUCAUAUUAUUCCCAUACGCCAAAUUAUUCUUCAUCAAAUCCAACACCACCACAUAACAUCGAACCUAAUCCAUCUUAUUUCGAUACCAGUAAGCCUUUAACAGACCAGUAUCAAAAAGUGUUACCGAAUUACUCGUCUCCUGUCAAUUCCCAAUUGCCUUCUCCAGUAUCUCAACAAAAUUCUCCAGCUCCUCCUUUAUCUCAGCAAAACUCCCCGGGACCCGUGUCACCUCACAUAUCACCAACUCCCGACAAAAUUACACUAGAAAAACAACCAGUGGCGUGCCCUGUAAAAAAGAGGGCGUUUGAAGGAAUGCAAAAUGAUUACAACAGCCAGAGACAGGAUGUAAAUGUAUUAGUAGAUUCUAGUAAUACAAGUAAUUCUCCAGUUCAUAGUGUGAGCCCCGUGAAUGAAAUGACAAAAUAUCAAAACGUUGCACCAGAAACGAUGCAAAACGACAAUAUUCCAAGCAUAGAUAUAACAGAAAGUAGUGAUUCAAAUAGUUCUCAAAGAAAUACAUAUAACGCCACCUCGUCUCCUUACAAUUAUAACACUGAAAUGAAUUAUGGCCUAACCAUUCCAUCAACACGUAGUAUAGAAAGUGAUAGAUCCAUUGAUAUGACCAAAUUUACUAAUAUGGGGUAUGUUGAACCAGAUGUUGGUUACCAAAGAUCAACAUAUAAUCCACGAAAUGACGUAAAUUAUCAAAGAUCAACUGAAAAUAUUCCGCAAAACAAUCCGCCUACGAAUCAAAAUCUCUCGUUAAGAUAUAACGAACCGGACCUGUUAAAUAUGGGCUAUAAACAAAUGAAUCCUCAAAAUUCUCAAAUAGGAGUACAAAACAUGAACAGGUCGAAUAUUUUACAACCCGUUCGGUCAACUGCUGAUAAUACGUCAAGAUUAUCUCAACCUCUCGAUGUAACGAGUGGUUACAAACAGACGGAAAUGUCGAUACCAAGGCCAAAUUAUAAUUCGUCAACAAUAGAUAUUGAUCAAGCAUUAGGUUUACGGAAUUUGAGUAACUUAACACAAAUUGUUGAUGGUAGAUAUCCAGGGGAAGAUAGAAUGUUAGGGUUGCAAUCGUCUGGACAAACAUUUUAUAGUGAUAAAAAUAUCGCAGGAUCUCAUAUGCUGGGCAAACCAACGAUAUCGACGACAGCUUCUACGUUGCCGAUGUUUAGCCAGCCAAAUAUUACGAUACCAUAUAGUACUAUGCAAGCAUCGAAUCCGAUUUAUAGUAGGCAAAUGGCCGAGAUGCAAACUGUUAAUAUGAUGAGUCAAGAAAAGCAGGCAACUACGGUUGCGCUUCAAGAAAAGAAAACCAAAAAGAGAAAGACACCUAAAACAGCUACUCCACCAAGUGGUAUAUCAGAUGGUGUAUCAAAUCCAACAAGUAGCACACAGAACCACCAGGGCUUCCAGUCAUACGCUGGCCUGAAAAAUUCUUCGCUCGAACCUAGUGCAAUAUCAUUGAAGACCACCAGUGUCGUUCCCGGUAGCGCAUUCAAUUUUGGUCCAUCACCAACAAGUUUAGGAUUAGGUUCCACCAUUUACUCCGAUAAGGAUGCCUUCCCUACGUACCUGGACGAGUUUCGGACAGCGCCGAAUUAUUACAUGGCCCACGCGGCCGCAGCUACACACCACCGGACCACGCCAGAUACGGCCGAAAAACCGGUUCGAACAACACACCAGCCAACCCCAGGUCAAGCGCCGCCAACAUACCCUUUUAUUGGGGCGCCACAACCACGACCACCCAGUUACCCUUUGGGCGGCGCUUUUAUGUCACCACAUCAAGCACCGUUAAUGGAUCCAAGUUCGCAAUUGUACCAACAGUAUUUCCAAUCGGGAAUGCUUCAUCAAGGUCUUUUGGGGGCGCCCAGUGCGUAUCCGGCUGGUUACCAUCCAACAUUAAGUAUGCGACAACCGUACGACGCGAUGAACAGACCAUCUUGGCUCUAACCACUAUAAAUUUUGUCUAUUACCAAAGACUUUUUAUACUAAUCCGAUUUUUGUGUGUAUUUGUAUACGCAGCCAAUAGAAUUAUACAUUUGUGUAUAUGCUGAGGUGAGUAUGAAGAAAUGAAUUCACUUUGUAAAGUUAUUUUAAAUAUGAGAUUUGUUCUAAUCACAGUUGGGAUAUAGAGCGCAACCAUAUUUCUCUUCCAGGACACGAAAAUAUGGUUGUACGCAGAAACAUCUUUAACUAUAUUAGAACAAACUCUAUAUUUAAAGAUAAUUUAAUUAAUUACAAUGUUGGUUCGGUUUUUUAUGCUCAUCCCAGUAUUAGGUUUAUAUACAUAAAAAUCUAUACACAUA